CAAUGAUGUUUUAAAAAGUGUAUUUAUUUUAAGCACUCGUCCCAAUUGAACAGCAUGGCAAAAAAUUAUAGUUUUCAGGAAAUUGUCUUCUCUAAAGCGUGAUAAUGAAUAACGAAGUAAUCAUCAAGAUUUUGCUAACACCUAAAUGAAUCACAAAAUAUGAUUUUUUCUUAACAUUUUUCUAAACUCUAAAAGAUAUUGUUAUUAAAAAUCAACUAGUUUCAGUAUUUGUCGAAUCUAAACAAUGACUUAGAAAGCAGGACUAAAAAUUGAAUUCUCUAUGGGAUGCGAUCUCUGGUGGGAGGGUUAAAUUCAUUAGCAAUUGGUUAAUAAAGAAUAUUUAAAUAUUUUUUUAGCAAUAGCCAUCGAUGAUAACAUAGUGGCCUACCACAUGAAUUACCUCAAAGGACAACUCCCAGACAUCAGGGAGCAUCGACAUGUCAACAUUAAGCAUAAUUCGUACGGAAUUGCAACGACGGAUAAGGAGCUGGCCGAGUUUGUAAGAUCCUUCUUCGUGAACAAUGAAGAUCAUAGAGCGACUUUGCAAUCACAUAUUAUGAAUCAUUAUGGGAUGAGAUUUCACAAAGCAGAAGGAAAUCAGGUUGAUACAACGCAGUUUUUUUCAGCUGACUCUCCCAUUUUCGUGGCAACAAUUGUUGCGUUGCUCAUUCUUGGUAUUGUAACUAUCAUCCUCGGCUUAACUUGCAAAUGGUACUUCAAACAAAACGAAAGCAUUUUAAGAAAAUGUAUAAGAAUUCAGGACAAGAAGGCGAAAUACAAGGAACCAGAUGUUGAGUUGAAACCUAUAAUAAAUCACACAGGAAAUUUAAAUGAAGAGUUCUUUAAAGAACUUGAAGAAUUGAAAGCGAAAUGGAUGGAACGCCUUCAAAAUGAAGCCGUGAACGGAAAUGGCAAAGCUCAUUAAAUGCGCUCAUAAAAUAACUAUCUUGUUGGUAUUCCCCUGGCUGUUAGAUAGAGUAUUGACGUACCAAUGUUGCACUUUUUUUUGGUCAAGCCACAACUAUUGGUUUAAAGUUGUGCAUUUUUUUCUAUCAAACAAUUUGUACAAUAGAAUAUUACGGAGUUAAGUGUCGAAAAACAGUAUUCUUUUGAGAAAUGAUAUAAGGCCAAACAAUUGCGUAAAUCACGUCUAAUAUUCAAAAGUUUUAAAUCAGCAUAUGUAUCUAUGUAUUCUGUAAGAAAUUAUUUAAUUUUUGAAUUUUCGUAACUUGAUGUAAGUAUUUCUGGUGUUAUAAGAAUUUUUUUUGUAACGUGUAUAUAUAUACAUAUUAUUUGUACGUUUUUUAAACAUAACACUUAACGAAUU